AUGGGAGACGUGCCUGUGGAUGCCGCUGCACUUGAUGCGCACUUGUCCUUUUGCAUCAGAUCGAGUCACCAGUCGUCUUUCAGACCUACGUGGGAGACAGUCGGAGAGCCCACGAACUUAGUUUUUCGUCUCCCUGCUGCAAGGGGACCGUUGCCGCUGAUAGCAGGACCUCGAGCUGAAGCGGCAUCUUCCGGGUCCGUCAGUCAGGCCAAGAGACCGGGUGUUUCGGGAGACUCUCCAUUGAAGAUGGCUAAACAUUGGCACGGGAUUUCGUGGGAGUACAAGCUGGAACGAGAGCUGGUCGCGGGUAUCAGGAAGUGGGGUGUGAUUAUUAUGCACUCCCCUCUGAGCUUUGAUAUUGGCCGGCGUCUUCGGGGUGAGCAAAGACUUGAACCACUCAUCUUGGAAAGCCUCGGCCACAUUUUUGCUGGGAAGGCAGCUGGUACUCUGCAUCAGAGGGCUGGUCCGAUGCUUAGGUAUAUCCGCUGGAGUGUUCAGGCCGACAUGGAUCCUUUCCCACUUGAGGAGGGGCAGGUAUACGAGUUUUGCAAGGGUUGCGAGUUUUCUUCUGCCCCGACUUUCUUGAGGAGCUUCAUUGUAUCCAUAUCUUUCGCUGUGCACGUCCUCGGUGUCACAGGUGGAGCCGAUUGCUUGAUCAGCGGUCGGGUGAUUGGCAUAGCGAGGCUCACCUACCUUGCAAAGCGCAAGAAGACUCGGAGGCCGCCACUCACGGUGGCUAUGGUAGCUUUCUUGGAGAACCUUGUUUGUGAUCCGACUGCCAGGGCAAUUGAUCGAAUCUGCCCGGGUUUCUUUCUUUGCUUGGUGUUCAUGCGAGCCCGUUUUUCAGACGGGAUGAACCUUGGAAACUUGCAGUUGGACACUCCGAGUGGUCUAGCCACUGAGGUGGCUGGAUACUUGGAAGGAGAGGUGCUUCGAUCAAAGACGUCUUUCACGACCGAGAGAAAGACGAUGCUUUUGCCCAUGGUCUGCCCACGCUUAGGUGUCACAGGACUCGGUUGGGCAGGAGUGUGGAUGAAGCUCCGGGAGGUUCACAAGAUGCCGACGGGCAGCGGUGUGCCGCUGCUCCCUGGUACAGGAGCUUCGGGAGAAUGGCUACUCGUUCCACCGAGUGCCACUGUAGCUGCGUCCUGGCUUAAGGGCAUUUUGAGCCAAGGAGGUUUUGAUCAUGGGGCUCUCGCCAAAUUGGGCACUCAUUCGUGUAAGUGCACUACCCUCAGCUGGUGCGGUAAAUUUGGUAUCGAUCAAGCGGUGCGUCGUACCCUCGGUUACCACACCGACCGAGCUGCUGCGAUGGUCAUUCUUUACUCUCGUGAUGAGAUUUCGAGUGCUGUGCGAGCUCUGGAGAGAGUCCUUGUUGAAGUCAGGGAGGAUCGUUUCAGGCCUGAUGCCACUCGGAGCGGACAUUUUCCUUGUGAGGUGGCUGCGCCCUCAGCAGAGACAGAGGGUGAUCCUCCCGACUAUGAGUCCAACGGCGGAGUGAGUGAGUCGGAAGAUUCACAGGACGAAGAGGACAACGUUGGCGAUCUCGGAGCCGAGGAACGGGCUCUGGAGGAAAUUGGAGCCCCGUGGAGGCCACAGGGCGCUGCGAGUGAUCGCCGUAUGUUCCGGCACAAACUCUCGAGGAUCAUUCAUUUUGUGGCCGACGAGGCCGGUGCCACUUUUGCAUGUGGAACAAAGAUCUCUUCGAAUUACGUUGAGAUGGACAGUGGAGUUUCCUUCUUGCAUCCUUUGUGCAAGAAGUGCCACCCGGUCCGAUAA